AUGGAUCUCCGUGAUAUUAUAGCCACUCGUGGCUUCGCGACCUAUAGCUUGCGUCAUCCUCGGGAAGCACUAUCGAGCUUUGGCCCGACCCUGAAUGAGGCCACCUUCGGUUAUUUAGGGCCCUCGUUCAAGCCGGAGCGCGACAUUCGCAACCUGGAUGGCAAGGUCAUCCUUGUAACAGGAGGUAAUGCCGGUAUAGGCCAAGAGACCAUCCUUCAACUUGCCAAGCAUCGCCCGUCGCGUAUCUACAUGGCCGCCCAGCCAGCUCUCCUCCCCGCCGAUAUCCGCUUCCUCGCGCUCGAUCUAUCUUCCUUCAAAUCUAUUCGCGCCGCCGCAGACAAGUUCAAGUCCGAUAGCGAUCGCCUAGAUAUCCUGAUCCUAAAUGCGGGUACGAUGGGCAACCCUCCUACCACGACGGAGGAGGGCUUCGAAAAGACGGUUGAUCUUCAGCGCGCUAAGGAUGAGGUCCCCGAUGUUCGGGUCGUGACUCUCGCUUCGGCGGCUCACGCUGUUGGCCCCUCCACCUUUGAGGAGAUUACAUCUACCCCUGGCUUGUUGGCUUCUAGUACCUGGACGCGCUACGGCGCUUCCAAGUCAGCUAACAUCCUCUUUGCAUCCGAAUUGGCCCGCCGGCAUCCUGAUAUAUUGUCUAUUGCUGUUCAUCCUGGUGCGGUUGAUAGCGGGCUCUAUGGCCACACGAAGAGUCUCAACUCAGUGAUGAAACAUGGUCUUGCUGCUGCUGGAUCCACGUUCUUCCGCAGUGUUGCUACUGGAGCCCUGAAUUCUCUUUGGGCGGCUGGCACGCAAAGCGAGAAUAUUAUCAAUGGAGCUUACUAUACUCCCAUUGGCUACCGCAGUGGUGGCACUGCGACUGUGCAGGACGCGCAGAUGGGCCACAUUGUUGUGACCGGCGGCUCCGGCAAAGCAGGCCAAUUCGUCAUCAGCGAGCUCCUCAGCGCCGGACACAUAAUCCUGAAUCUGGACCUAAUGCCAUUAGAACACCCAAAGGUGCACACCCUAAAAACCGACCUCGCCGAUAGCGGCCAAGUGUUCAACGCCCUGUCCGGCCAAUGGGCACUCCGCGAGCCCUUCCCGGAAGGCCUCCCGCCACGCCCAGACGCCGUAAUCCAUCUCGCAGGCUACGCACGCAACAUGCUCGUACCAGACAACGAGACCUUCCGCUCGAACACGCAAGGCACAUACAACAUCAUUGAAGCAGCGUGCAAGCUAGGGAUCCGGAAGAUCAUCAUCGCGAGCAGCGUAACAGUGUACGGAGUAGCUUUCGCGCAGGGCGAUAAAAACUUCCCUUCGUUCCCGAUCCACGAAGACCUAGACGUUAACCCGACGGAUACGUACGCGAUCGCGAAGCUGUGCGGGGAGCGCAUCGCGCGGGGUUUUGCGGCACGCUUCGGGGUGGAUAUAUACAUCCUGCGUAUUGGGCGGGUUAUCGAGCCCGAGGAGUACAACAAAGAGAUCUUCUACAGCUAUGUGCAUGAGCCGGCGAUGUGGAAGGUGCAUGGGUGGUCGUAUAUCGAUUCUCGCGAUCUGGGCGGGAUGUGUGAGGCGGCAUUGCGGACUGAUGGGCUUGGGUUUCAGAUCUUCAAUGCUACCAAUGACCAUAUUACCAAUCUUAGUCCUACGAAGGACUUUUUGAAAUCGCAGUUCCCGGAUAUACCUAUCACGCGCGAGAUGGAGGAGUUUGAGGCGCCGUUUUCCAAUGCGAAGAUAAAGAAGCUUCUUGGGUUCCAGGAGAAGCAUCCAUGGCACAAGUAUUUUAGUAAUUGGGAGAAGAAGCAGAUUGAGAUAGAGAAGAAGGAGAGAGCUAAGGGUUUAGCCGAGCGUCAAUAUCCCACAAUCGAACAAGCCUGUGACUUUGCAAAGAGCCAAAAUCACCAGAAAGAACAGAUAGAUGAUAUUCCAAUAGAAUCAAUUUAUAAAACAUAUCAGAAUCUAAUCCCGCACCAGGCGAUCACCCCUCCCGACUUCAUCAUGGAUCAGGCAAAGUUGGCUAGAAUGCAGGCGAGCGUUCGCAUCGGGUACUCCCGCCGCAAGGUCAAGAAGGUCGUCCGCAACUCCGGUGCCGAUGACAAGAAGCUCCAGGCCGCUCUCAAGAAGCUGAACGUCCAGCCCAUCCAGGGCAUCGAGGAGGUCAACAUGUUCAAGGAGGACGGCAACGUCAUCCACUUCGCCAACCCCCGUGUUCACGGCGCCGUCCCCUCCAACACCUUCGCCCUGUACGGCAACGGUGAGGAGAAGGAGCUCACCGAGCUCGUUCCCAACAUCCUGAACCAGCUCGGCCCCGACUCCCUCGCUUCCCUGCGCAAGCUCGCCGAGAGCUACCAGAACAUGCAGAAGCAGCAGGGCGAUAAGAAGGACGACGAGGAGGAUGAUAUCCCCGACCUCGUCGAGGGCGAGAACUUCGAGACUAAGGAAUAAAUACGCCUAGAUGCGAACUAAAUCGAGUCUUUAAAAACUUUCGUCUAUGAUCAAUGAAAUUUAAGCUCCGGUUUGAGAGUUGUUUUUGUUGAGUCCUUUUCUCUUUU